UACACCACUCCCUAAAAGACAGUAGCGUUCACUUUGGAUCUAAGAAAGCAAUCACCAGAGAACGCAUAGCUCCAACAGGAAGCCAACGAGUAAAAUUUAGUUCUGCUAUUUCAUUAAAACACGUGUGUGGAUUCUAACACUUUAAAGACACUGAACUUUCUGGAUCCAGGGUGAACAAUGGAGACAGCGCUAGCAAGAACAUCACAGCAAAGGCAAGUUGUUUUUCUUACUGUGUUGCUGCUUUUGUGGGUGUCUAGUUCUGAGGCAAUUAGCUAUUCCAUGCCAGAAGAAACAGAGAGUGGCUACUUGGUGGCAAACCUGGCAAAAGAUCUGGGGCUCAGGGUAGGAGAACUGGCCUCUAGAGGGGCAAGGAUCCACCACAGAGGAAACAAAGAGCUCUUGCAGCUGGAUGCAGAGAAAGGAAAUCUGUUCUUGAAGGAAAAACUAGACCGUGAGGUGCUGUGCGGAGUGACAGAACCCUGUGUGCUGCACUUCCAAAUCAUACUGAAAAACCCUGUGCAGUUCUUCCAAACCGACCUGCAGCUCACAGAUAUAAACGACCAUUCUCCAGAGUUCCCUGACAUGGAAAUGCUCCUAACAAUCCCUGAGAGUGCCCAGCCAGGGACCAUGUUUCCUCUGAAGGCAGCUCAGGACCCUGACAUAGGGAGCAACGCUGUUCAGAACUACACAGUCAGUCCAAACCUCCAUUUCCACGUCGUUACUCACAGUCGCUCAGAUGGCAGGAAAUACCCAGAGCUGGUGCUGGACAGAGCCCUGGACAGGGAGGAGCAGCCUGAGCUCACUUUAAUCCUAACUGCUCUGGAUGGAGGUGCUCCACACAGAUCUGGGACUAGCACGGUUCGAAUUGAAGUCAUGGACAUCAAUGAUAAUGCUCCUGAGUUUGUACAAUCUCUCUAUGAGGUGCAGGUUCCUGAGAACAGCCCCCUUGAUGCUUUAGUUGUCACUGUCUCUGCCAGGGAUUUAGAUGCUGGAAUAUAUGGAAAUAUAGCCUACUCUCUGUUUCAAGGUGAUGGAAAUUCUCAACCAUUUGUAAUAGACAAAGUCACAGGAGAAAUACGUCUAAGCGAAAAGUUGGAUUUUGAGGUAACUCCAUACUAUAGUAUGGAAAUCGCAGGCACGGAUGGAGGGGGCCUUUCAGGAAAAUGCACUGUGGCUUUACAGGUGUUGGAUGUGAAUGAUAACGCCCCAGAGCUGACCAUCUCCACACUCUCAAGUUCGAUCCCUGAAAACUCCCCGGAGACUGUAGUUGCUGUUUUUGGUAUUUUUGAUCCAGAUUCUGGGGACAAUGGAAGGAUGGUGUGCUCUAUUCAGAAUGAACUUCCAUUUCUUUUAAAGUCCACAUUUGAGAACUAUUAUACUUUAGCGACAGAGAGGCCACUGGACAGAGAAAGUAUAGCUGACUACAACAUCACUAUCACUGUCUCAGACAUGGGCACACCUAGGCUCACAACCCGGCACACCAUAACAGUGCAGGUCUCUGACAUCAACGAUAAUGCUCCCACCUUCACCCAAACAUCCUACACCUUGUUGGUCCAUGAGAACAACAGCCCCGCCCUGCACAUAGGCACCAUCAGUGCCACAGACUCAGACUCAGGCUCCAAUGCCCACAUCACCUACUUGCUCCUGCCCUCCCAAGACCCGCGACUUGCCCUUGCCUCGCUCAUCUCCAUCAAUGCUGAUAAUGGGCAGCUGUUUGUGCUCAGGGCAUUGGACUACGAGGUCCUGCAGGCCUUCGAGUUUCGCGUGGGUGCCACAGACCAAGGCUCGCCCGCGCUCAGCAGCCAGGUGCUGGUGCGGGUGGUGGUGCUGGAUGACAAUGACAAUGCACCCUUCGUGCUCUACCCAAUGCAGAACACCUCUGCACCCUGCACUGAGCUGGUGCCCAGGGCUGCGGAGCCUGGAUACCUGGUCACCAAGGUGGUGGCUGUGGAUAGCGACUCUGGCCAGAAUGCCUGGCUGUCUUUCCAGCUGCUCAAGGCCACGGAGCCCGGGCUGUUCAGCGUGUGGGCUCACAAUGGCGAGGUGCGCACCACCAGGCUGCUGAGCGAGCGUGACGUACCCAAGCAUAGGCUGUUGUUACUGGUAAAGGACAAUGGCGAUCCUCCGCGCUCUGCCAGUGUCACACUGCACGUGCUGCUGGUGGAUGGCUUCUCUCAGCCCUACCUGCCUCUGCCAGAGGUGGCGCUGGAUCCUACACGCGACGAAGAUAAUCUCACGCUGUAUCUUGUCAUCGUCUUGGCAUCUGUGUCAUCUCUCUUCCUCUUUUCUGUGCUGCUGUUUGUUGGGGUCAGACUGUGCAGGAGGGCCAGGGCAGCCUCUCUGGGAGGCUGCUCUGUGCCUGAGGGACACUUUCCUGGCCACUUGGAGAACGUCAGCGGUAUGGGGACACUAUCUCAGAGCUACCAAUAUAAGGUGUGUCUGAUGGGGGAAUCUGGGACAACAGAUUUUAAGUUCCUGAAGCCUAGCAUUCCCAACAGUCUGAUUCCAGACAAUUACAUGUUGAAUAGUUAAAAUUACAGAAAAUUCUUAGGCGUCAUUAAGAUAAGGGUAAGUAGCAGUUGCUUGG